AUGAUCGUGAGCUUCUCAAAGGGAGAUUUAGGACCCUCUGAAGAUAAGUUGAUGAUAUAUUUUGCGAAUACUAAUAAAUUUAUUCAGCAGAUUGCAUUGGGUCAUAUCCGGCGUCGUUUUCAAGAAGGUCGACCGGCUUGGGAUGGACGGACGGUCUUUAGGAAGGAGGCGGACCCGAGAUGGUAUAAAUAUAAAUUGUUCCUUGCGUGUUGGUUUUUGCGUUGAGGAAUUUGAAAGAUUUUUCAAAAUUUCAUUGAACAACCCAGUUUUUUCCCAUAUCUUCCUCAAAUCUUUCCAUUUUCAUUCUCAUCCAUUAACUGUUCAAAAAAAGCAGUUUCUCAACGCAAAAAUUUUUGUAGUCAAAAACGUUUCGUUUUUCUUCUCGAAAACUCAUUUUCUAAUAUUGUAUUCAGAUUCUCGAGAUUUAGUUUCGGAGUAUUAUCGCGUGAAGCCUUGUGAUAGUUUUGAGCGGUAGUUUUCAAAAAGCGAUCGAUAAACUAGGUCAAAAAACAGGGCAACGCGGUUUUUAUUUGUUUCGAGCAAUUUCUCGAAACUCCAUGGAAAUUUUAGAACUUUCGCAAGUUUAUACUGGAUGAACUCAUCAAGCCGCUAGAUAUUCAAAUUUUUCCCAGUCGGUCUUUUUGUUUUCAGAUCUUCCCUGCUGAAAAUUUUCUAAUUUUAAGAAAACGAAGCAAAUUCAGUCAUCGUUUAGCUUCAAUAUUCGAAAAUGCGCACUGAUGAUUUCAAAAAAGAAAAAUUCGGCUAGACGAAUUAUGAACAGUUACCAUAGUAAGUAGGUGCCAAAAUGUCAUUUUUUUAUUUUUUUAAAAAAAUUUUAGCGCUACAAGACCACGUCUCCACUUUUCAGUACAGUUUUUCAUGAUCUUUUAGUAGUCGAAGCGAAAUUUUCUAGUUUUCAUUGUUUCUAGCGGCCAGUGGUUGUAAAUUUAGGAAGGAAUGAUUACUUUUUACAGUCCCAGAGCGACGCGGUCGCGCUGCGGUCUUCAUCGAUUUUUUCAAAUUCUUCUUUUCCUAUUGAUUUUUUACUGUAAUUUCAGGCCUUUUCAGCAGUAGUUCAGUCCAGUCACGGCCAACUUACCAAGUCCCAAGCUACCGUACUCCUUUCGUUUCGAUACACGACUUUGAACAUAGAAAUUCAUGGAUUCAGUUUUUUUGUAUUUUUUUAAAAAUCUUUUUCUCAUUUUUUUAUUGAAACUUUAGGAACCUUUUUUUGGCGGCUUGGCAAGUUCGCCGAUGAAAAAAAUAAAAUUUAAAAAUUUGUACGAGAUGAUGAACCGCGACGCGACCGCUCUGCUCACCCCAAUUUUUGAAUAAAGUCUUCUUCUUUUUCGAGUAGUCUUUUUUUCUUUCAACUUUUAGGUUAGCAAUGGUUUCAUGUGAUAAUACCGUUUCAAAUAAAGAUCGAGUUUUCGAGAAGAAAAACCAUUUUCUGUGCACGUGUAUAUGUCGUCCUCUCGUGUGAAUGUUGCCGGAUCGGGCCUUUGGUCGGUGGCGGCGCAGAGAAAAAGACGUCUGUAUCCCUCGGCUCUUUCUGGCCAGAGAGAGCGCCCAAAAGGUGGAGAGCUGUAGUCUGGCGUCUCCACGUCAGUCAUGCUCUUUCGCCGGUUGCAGCCGAGCAUACAUGCGCCUUUCUUUCUGUCAGGUGGGAGUACUGUGGGGCGAGGCUUUUUUUCCUUCCGAGCUCGUCAAUUCGAUGGGGGCGUCGAGUAUUGGAUUGUGUACGGAUAAAUUUGGUUUUUCUAAGAAAAUAAAGUUUUUAUCAGCCUUUUCUCUAAUAUAUUCAAGUUGGUCAGUAGCUGUUCUUGAACAUUUGAAACAAUUUUGAAGUCAAAAAUGAGUUUCAGAUUUCCCUAUUCAAAAUCUAGGCUGAAGAAGUCGAUGUUUUAGUUCUCUAAUUUUCGAAAAUUAUACGCUUUCUUUUCUGCUACUUUGUCUCAAAUCCGAAAGAGACUUAUUUUCGAAUAGUCGAAAAACUUUUCAGUAUCAAUCUUGUAAAUCAAAGUUUUCGAUUCUGCAAAAGAUUAGUGAUCAGUUUCUCGAGAGUUUUAGAAGUUUAUCGUAUUUAUCAAAGAUAGAGGUUCAACCAAUGGAAUUUUGAUUAUCGCACAUUAUUUAGUGAUAGGAAUAGUUGUAGAAUAAUUAGCAUAAGUCUUUUUUCAAUUUAGGUUCAUUAUUUUCCAUGAUUUAUAGACUUGACUGGCCAAAAUUCAAGCGUUCGACAUUUUUAGAAGUUUUCUAAUUUUUCUAAAUGUUUGGUUGUUCCAUAAUCAUGAAAUAGAAUUAGGUGGAUAUCCGUUAUUUAUUUGUGUUUCCUUCUGGCUCACUAUGUUCAGCUUUAAAGUCGAAUGUAUGAAAAAUAUAGGUCUGUCAAAAAGAUUUAAAGUUCAAAUUAAUUUUUUUUAGUUCAAAAAUUUCUAGAAUUUUGAGAAAACUCCAACUUUCAAACAUACGGCUUCUAACUCUUUUUUUUCAGUUUAAAAAAAUGAGCUUUCAAUAAUUUUUUUAUUCAGUUAUUUAGAAGAAAAAAAGCGAAGUUUAGUUGUACACAACCUGAUACGUCACCCCAGCCCAUGCGAAGAUACUCAAUUUGGUGGUUGGUGUAGUGGUUCAGAAGCGGUUUUGGGAAGACCGAGACGAAGGUUCGAAGCUCUUUUAGGAAUUUGUUCCUUUUUUUUCUUUUCUCAGUUCAUAUCGUUUUAUUCACUUUUAAUAGCCUGCUUUAGUUUAAAAAAGUUAGAUUUUCGCCGAGUUCAUCUAAUUUUCAAUGUAUUCCGAAAACAGCCGAAUUGAAGUAAAAAUAAGUAAGGAAAAAUGUUAGCCGCGAUAGAAUUCCACAACUUGAUUGCUUCUUGGGAAAAUUUCAAUUCAAAGCCUUUGUUUUUUUCAUUUUAUUGUAGACGUAGUAAAAAAUCAGCUAUUUUUUUAAUAAUACCGCAAAAAAAGUUCAGUAAUCUCACAAAAACUUUUUUUUCGAAAGAGCUAUUAAGUUAGAAGGGCUGAAUAAUAUUGCGACUAUUCAACUAUUUCUUCAUAGCUAAUCUAACUCUUUAGCUUCAUAUCAUAGGCAAAACUGCCUCGAACCUCCUUCAAAAUUUUCCCAAGAUCCAUUUAAAAAAUGGAAGUCUUUUAAUCGAUUUUUUUGGCUUUUAUCUUUCUCAAGCUUCGCAAACUUGAACAUUUAUCUAGAAGUAUCAUUAAAAACUGAACCAACCAGUGAAUGGAGUAUUGUAGCAUGUACUGGGGCGCCACCGGACAAUGAUUUGCAAGGUCAUUCCUGCCUCUUUUGUUUUUACCCAAAUUCUAGGCUUGGUCCUGAGCCAAAUGAGCUCGAACUCCUCCAACUUGACCUCCAGGUUAUUUGAAACGAACACGUUGAACAUGUGCUAAGUAAAAAGAGUGCUCCUGAAAUUGAGAUUUCUUGAAUUUCAAAGUUCAUCUGCAAAGCUUCAAAAAAUUUUAUUUUUUUGUUCAAAAAAAUUUUAGUCAGUAUAUCUCAUUAAUUCUUCGACCAAAAAAAGUUUAUAAAAAAAGUAUUUUCAAAAAAAUUGAGUUUGGUUUUUAAAUUUUUUUGCGAUUAAAAAUAUCGCCAGCUUUGCACAUGGAAUUUGAAAGCCAAUUGGCAUUUUCAAAAAAAAAAAGUUAGGACUUUUUGGAAACUUGCAAGUUGCUUUUCUGACUUUUUUUUAAACAUUUAUUGAAGUUCUACAUGUUUUUUCAGUCCAUCAUAGUCGAUCACCUGAACAGAAAAUAUCUUUUGGCUUCAAAAUUAGGUUUUUUUUUCAAAUGCAUUUCAAAAAUUUAUUAAAAACACUCCAAAGCUUUCGAUUCAUGACGUGAUUGAUUGUGAUGGAUUGAAACAGGUGUUGAACAGCUACAAGUGUUGGUAAAGAAUUUUUAGGUUUAGCGACUUGCAUAAACAUCUUUUAGAAUGAAAAUAAAAAACUUUGAGCACUCUUUCAUCAUAGCACACGUGCAACAUGUCGUAUCAGAUGACCUGGAGGUAAUUUUGGAUGAGUUCGAGCUCACUAGGCUCAAGAUGAAGCUCAGGACUUGUGGGGAAAACGAAAGAGGCAUAAAUGACCUCGCAUGACACUGUCCUUUGAUGAGAUCGAGAGGAGACGGAAGCCUCGUCUGACAGAACUUUCACUAGGCCUCAAGCCUCCUACUAAAGACUUGGCCUCGGGCUCCAAUGCACUCUGGAGCCUGAGGUCAAGGCCUCCGACUCGGGCUUCACAGCCAGCCUGUGGAGUCUGAGGCCGAGGUCUCUGGCUUGGGCCCCUAAGACUCGAGCUAGAGACUCCGCCUCAGACUCCAGAGGGGGCUGGGGAGCUCGAGAGCGAAGGCUCCGACCGGCAACACGUCACCCGAGAGGGGAGGCCGGCAGCGGCUCUGACCCUGCCGGACAAAACCAGGUACAAAAGGGGAAGGAGAAUACUUUAUUCAAUUUCAUGAAACAGAGUGUCCGGUUCGAUGCCGCCCUCGGAGUACGACGUCGUCCGGCAUCCAUCCCGGCUCGCGUCUCGACCGGCGUCCAUCCCGUCACAUCACUCGACCUGAAAUUCUCCCCAUUAGCCCCCUCGAUUAUCUUCCUUCCUGUCUCGGAAUCCUCCAGCCCUGUUGCCACCCGGGCGUUUUCCCCAUCGAAUGGCUCAAGGCCAACUUCCUUUUCUUGUCAAGACCCAUGUGGAUGGCUGACUUUCUUGGAAGCCUCCAAAUAAAGAGUCAAUUUUUGCAAAGUCACACAGAAGACCAAAGUGGAGCUUUUCAAAAAAGAAGUCCAUUGAGACACACUCAAAAAAUCCAUAGGAAAGGUAAAGGUCCUCGGAAGAAAUCAUGUCAAAAGCUCAAGUUUCCUCUGAAGUAAUGUUGAUUUUUUUUUGUCUUGCAAGCUUCUGAUGAAUAAAUUUUCGAUUUUUCUACACGAGUUUUUCGAAGUGCCAUAAAAAUGAAAUAGUCAAUGUUUUUUCUUUCAAGUCUUGGAAAGAAAAAAUUUGUCGAAAAGCUGGAAUGGAUUGUCAGAAAAAACGGCUAAGUCUUCAAACUCAAUGAGAAGGUCGCUGUUUUUUUUUCCCAUUUUUGACAUUUAUUUCCAACAUGAAAGAGCCGUUGAAUUGCGAAGUCAUCCUUUAACAAUUUUCAAACAAGUUAUAAGCUUAGGAAGUGUAAUUUCAAAAAGGGAAGAAAUUACCUAGCUACGACUACUGUUUCACCAGAUUCUUGCAAUUCAAAUCAACAAAACUUCAGAGAUCCUAAAGGGAUUCGAAAUUUUGUUAUAAAAAGUUCAAAGUUCCAUUACUUUUCAGCGAGUCAAAAAAAUCAAUUGAUAAGAUCAGAUUUGGCUUUCAAUGGACUUGUAUUUUCUUUUUUGAAGAGCUUCUCUUGGCCUUCUGUGGGGCUUUACGAAAAUCGCCUCUUCAUUUGAAGGCCCCCAGUCAAGUCCGACUAA